AUGUUCCGAGUCGCGCGGAUCGAGGGUCUCCACAGAGGAGGUCGCUUUGUAUGGAGAAGGUGCCAUAGCACUGGUGCCUUGCCCAUGCUGUUGCACCGGCAACUCUACUCUGACCUGGAGAGCUUUGCCGGGCAAUUAGGGAAUGCUUGCCGCGUGGGUGAUGGAGGUGCUGGUUGCUUUUUGCUCACGGGUUUGCCUCCAACGCUGUGCUCCUUGCAUGAGGAGCUGCUGAAGAGUGCCCAGCAAUUCUUCGCCCAGCCUGCCCAGGCGAAGGAGGCGGUGGACUACCAGCGAUCCCCCGAGUUCCGUGGCUAUAUGCGGCAGGGUGCCGAAAACACGGCUGGCAGUGUGGAUGAGCGAGAGCAGAUGGAGUUCGGCCGCGAAGAAGCGAGGCAUUUCCGGGAGGGCGGGCUUUACCAACGCCUUAGAGGCCCGAACCAAUGGCCCAGCAAACCUCCUCAUUUGAAGCCCUUGAUGCUGAAAUGGUUGCAAGAGAUGGAGGAGCUCUCCCGGCAGUUGACGCGUGCCUUGUCGCUGUCUUUGGGUUUAACCGCCACCGGACUGGAUGGAUACUUCCUGGAGCCGCAUGUGCAGGCCAAAUUGGUGCAUUAUCCACCUGCAGAAGGUGGCAUGGGUGUAGGUGCUCAUUGCGACUCGGGCUUUCUUACCUUGCUAUGGCAGGACUCGGAGGGGUUGGAGUUCCUGGAUGCCAAUGGUCAGUGGAUCCCGGCCACACCGGUGCCGAACUCUUUGGUUUGCAACCUGGGUGAGGUGGUCCAACUGCUCACCGCUGGUGUUUAUCCUGCCACCGUUCAUCGCGUCCUGCAGCCAAAGACUGCUACAGCAGGCCGCUUCUCAUUGCCAUACUUUUGGAAUCCGUCUUUGGACGUUGAGAUUCAAACCUUGGAUCUUCCUCAGCGACCAGCUGAGCUCUCCGGAAGGCCCAGCGACCAGUCACAUGCAUAG